UCUAGUCCUCGCUCACUAUCCAGAGUAAGACCAAAAAGCCUCCAUCAACAUGGCCAGCACCCUCACAACACAUGGUAGCUUUCCAUCAAGAUCCUUGUCCAUCGGUGUCAGAAGUGGAAGCCGGGUCUGCAGCUUACUGGCCGGAAGUGUCCAUGGUGGUGCAGGAGGCUCCGGGAUUCACAUCUCCCAAGCCUCUCAGCCCUUGUCCAUUAGAACAUCUAGAGCAAUCACUGGUGGAGGUUUUGGCUCUGCUUUAGGUCUUGGUUCCGGUCUUGGUUCCGGUCUUGUUUCGGGUAUUGGUUCAGGUAUUGGUGCAGGUUUUGGUGGUGGGUUUGGAAGUGGUGCUUGGUUUGGAGGUGAUGCAGCAUACAAAGACAGUGCUAGGUUUGGAGGUGCUGCUGGGGAAGCAGAUGUUGGAAACAUCGGCAAUGAGAAGUUCACCAUGAGGAUCCUCAAUGAACGGUUGGCCUCCUACCUGAAGAUGGUGCGCUUGUUGGAAAAGGCCAAUGCAGAGCUUGAGUUGAAGAUCAGUCAAUUUGUGGACAGCAGGACUUUACCUACUGAACAGGACUACUCUGACUCCUUGUCUACCAUCAAUGACCUCCAGGCUAAUAUUCUUGAUGCCAUUCAGUUAAAAGGUGCAGUCCAUAUCAACAUUGACAAUGCCACCUUGGAUGUAUAUAACUUUAGGAUUAAGUAUGAGAAUGAGUUGGCUCUGCAUCAGUCUGUUGAGGCCGAUAUCUCUGGGCUGAAGAGCCUGCUGGAUGAUAUCUACCUGAGCAUGAAAGAUCUCACAUUGCAGAUUGACACAAUGAAUGACGAGAAGGUCUACCUCAAGAAGAACCACGAGGAGGAAAUGGCGACCACACGCAGCCAGAUGAGUGGACAGAUUCAUGUGGAGGUGGAGGCCGCACCACAGCAUGAUCUCUCCAGCGUCCUGGAAGACAUCCGUGAUCACUACGAGACCAUCGCUGCCAAGAACAGGAGAGAGCUCGAGGGCUGGUUCAAGGGCAAGUUGGAGACCCUGAAACAAGAGGUUGCUACCAGCACAGAGACCACAGCAACAUCCAAUACAGCACUGAGUACAGAGAAAACCAAAGUGCAGGGCCUGGAACACGAGCUACAGACUGUUCUGGCCGUGAAAACAUCCUUGGGGGCAAAACUGUCAGAAACACAGGCUUUAUACACUGCGCAGUUGUCAGGAUACCAACUGCAGGUGACAAGUUUGGAGGAACAGCUGCUGCAGCUUCAUGCUGAUCUGGAGCGUCAAGGUGUUGAUUAUCAGAUGCUGCUGGACAUCAAGUCCAGACUGGAACUGGAGAUCGCAGAGUACCGGAGACUGCUGGAUGUAGGGGCCAGCCAAAGGUAAAUAAAAUCCAUAGAAAUCAAAGUAAAUCCCUCUUCUGGUCCAUCUUCUGUGUCUCUGAACUUUCACAGGUAUUUACUCUUAUCUUCUUAGCUUGUAUA